AUGUCGUCUAAGAACCCAUACACAUACCAGCAUAAUUUUGAUAUCACCAACAUAACUACUGACCCAUUUGCCUUGGGGACGUUAUCGGUGGGGUUUGUCUCGUGGAUUAUUUUCAUUGGUGGGUGUGCUGCUUCCUCGGAUACCAAAUUUAACUUUCCACGGUUUUCUUGGUGGUCGAUAGCCUUCGAGUUCUCGUUGAUUGUUGUGUUGUUUCUCUUCUAUUGCUAUGACUUGAUAGAUUCGUACAGAAAUUUUUUGUCUGCCAGUUUUGCCGUGGCCUUCAUUUACAGUACCAACUCUGCCAAUAACUUGGUGUACAGUUCUGGAUCAGCGUUGGCUGCCGCAUCCAGCGGGGUUAUUUUGAUCUCGAUGAUAAAUAUGAUUUGGUUGAUUUAUUAUGGAGGUGAUAACGAUUCACCAAUCAACAGAUGGAUCGAUGGGUUCUCAUUGAACAGAAAACACAUGACCACCGCGGCCCAAUUGAGCCGUGCUAAACUGACAAGAUUGAGUGCCUUGGCAUCGAAUAAUGGUGGAUACGACACAUUAAUUUCUCAUCCAAUCUCUAACAGUUUCAGUAACCGUGGUUCGAUUGCCGGAGGAGAAAACCCGUUCGGGGCCACCACCAGUAAUAUCAACAAGUACUCGGAUUACGACAAUCAAACCCAAGCCAAUACCCAAAUGAAUUCGCUUUCUCGUAUGAACUCUCACUAUUCUCAGAAAUUCAGCACCAGCAAUACUGCCUCCAACAGUAAUUUGUCAGAUUUCCACCAGCAAGGUAAUAAUAACCCAGAAACUGGGUUCAGCGAGCCAAACUCUAAUAUUGACACAACUUCUUUCAACACCAACCAAUACUCUAAUGGCGACGGUGCCAAUUCUAACGGAGCUUUUGAUCAAGACAUUUAUCCUUACAGAGCUAGAGCCCUUUACGCUUACGAGGCGAAUCCUGAUGAUGUCAAUGAAAUCAGUUUCGAAAAGGGAGAAAUCUUGAUGAUUAGUGAAAUCCAGGGUAGAUGGUGGCAAGCCAAGAGGGAAAAUGGGGAAAUUGGUAUUUGUCCAAGCAAUUAUGUUGAAUUAAUGUGA